AAGCUUCAACAGUCCAACAGUCCAUACAAACAUCUCACCAUAUACAAUUCAUAUCCGCCAGCCAUUUUCAGGUCCAUGACAACAGUAUCACAGAUGGACCUUCUCCCCUUCUUCUUGAUUUUGUGCAUGUCAACAUCUGGAAUGAGCAUUAUGACAAAUUCUCUACUCAGUCCUUCUUUCAAUGUGGUGAGCUAUGGAGCUGUUGGCAAUGGAAAAACAGAUGAUUCCAAAGCAUUUAUGAAGGCAUGGUCUGCAGUCUGCCAUGGUCAAUCACAUGAUGCUCACCUUAUCAUACCACCGAAGACAUUCUUACUGAAGCCUGUGAAAUUUAGCGGCCCAUGCAAAGCCUCUCGUAUCACUGUUCAGGUAUUGGGAAAACUCGUAGCAUCUACCAACAAAAGGGCAUUCAACGGUAACUAUUGGCUUCUCUUCCAUAAGGUGAAAGGGCUUACUCUGUGGGGAAAGGGAUCCAUCGACGGCAAAGGGUCUGCUUGGUGGCAACAGCAUGACAGUGACUUUAGACCAGCCGCACUGAAAUUUUAUGAGUGUCCAGGCAUGGUGCUUAAAGGAUUGACCCAUCUCAACAGCCAAAAACAACACAUUGUUAUCACCAAAUGCCAUGGUGCAUUGAUCUCUAAGAUCAAAGUAAUCGCCCCUGAGGAUAGCCCUAAUACAGACGGUAUCAAUAUUGCUAGCUCAAAGAAUGUACGAGUACAGCGCUCUCACAUUUCAACUGGUGACGACUGUAUCGCUAUUAGUGCGGGUUCUUCCAAUAUCAAAAUAAAGGGCAUGACAUGUGCACCUAGUCAUGGGAUUAGUAUUGGAGCGCUUGGAGAUCCGGGAAAACCUGAUGAAUCAGUGGAAAAAGUAGAUGUUAGUGAUUGUACAUUUAAAGGACCUGGGAUUGGAGUUAGGAUCAAAACAUGGCAGGCAAGUAACCAGUCAAUUUCGAAUUUGAAAGCUUGCGAAUAACUUAUUUGUACUCUCAAUUUUUUUUCCUAGGGAGGACGGGGGCGUGUCAGGAACAUUUCAUACAAGAACAUUGAAGUCCAAGAAGUUGGCACUCCCAUUGUCAUCGACCAAUUUUACUGUCCCCGCGGAGGUUGCAAGAACAAUAGCGACGCAGUUCGGGUGAGCGAUGUAUCGUACAGUGGGAUCCGGGGGACUUAUACUAGGGAUGAUGCCAUGUCUUUGCUUUGUAGUCAGAAUGCUGCCUGCACCAACAUUGUGCUUGAUAAUAUCAAUUUGAGAACCAUGGAUCCGAAGAAGGCGGCUAAGGUUAAGUGCUUCAAUGUCAAGGGGAGAUCGCAGGAUGUGAAACCUGUUGUCGAUUGCCUAUCACACUAGCAAUUCAAUUAGAGUUUACUCCUUAGUUGUUUCAACUUGGUAUUAGUAUGCUGCAAGCUAUAUAUGGUAUGGUCUGUAUAUAUAAUAAUUGGAGAUUGGCUUGUGGGAUUAUCUUGGUUUU